GCGCACGUGAGCAGCCUCCGGAAGCCUGCGCGGAGCCUCGACUCCGACGCUUGCGGGCCAAGGAAGUCAUCUGCCCUGCACCUCUGACGUUAGUGGAAACUGAGGCCCAAGAGAGGGCCACGCUGCCCAAGCGCCGGAGUACUGGAGCCCUGCUGGACUGGAUGCUAUGAGUUGCUAAAAGUGAGCCUGGCUUUUUAGCUGCCUUGGGGUGCUGAGAGGGAGUCCCAGAACCAUGCCGGAUCUCCUACUCCUGGGCCUGAUUGGGGCCCUGACUCUGCUGUUGCUGCUGACGCUGCUGGCCUUUGCUGGUUAUUCAGGACUGCUGACUGGGGUGACAGUGAGUGCUGGAUCACCCCCAAUCCGCAACAUAACUCUGGCCUACAAGUUCCAUGUGGGGCCCUAUGGUGACACUGGACAGCUUUUCACGGAGAGCUGCAGCAUCUCUCCCAAGCUCCGCUCCAUCGCUGUCUACUAUGACAACCCCCAGACGGUGCCUCCCGAGAAGUGCCGCUGUGCAGUGGGCAGCAUCCUGAGUGAGGGGGAGGAGUCGCCCUCACCUGAGCUCAUCCACCUCUACCAGAAGUUUGGCUUCAAGAUUUUCUCCUUUCCAGCACCUAGCCACGUGGUCACGACUACCUUCCCUUACACCACCCCCAUAUCCAUCUGGCUGGCCGCCCGCCGAGUCCAUCCUGCUUUGGAUGUCUACAUCAAGGAGCGGAAGCUGUGUGCUCACCCUCGGCUGGAGAUCUACCAGCAAGACCAGAUCCACUUCAUGUGCCCCCUGGCACGGCAAGGAGACUUCUAUGUGCCAGAGGUGAAGGAGACAGAGCGGAAAUGCUGGGAGCUUGUGGAGGCCACUGACACCCAGACGGAUGGCACAGGAGCUGAUACAAGUGACACGAGUUCCGUAAGCCUGGAGGUUCGCCCUGGCAGCCGGGAGACUUCAGCCACCCCGUUUUCUCCUGGGGCAGGCAACCAUGGCUGGGACGAUGGCGACAACCGCAGCGAGCACAGCUACAGCGAAUCGGGUGCCAGCGGCUCAUCCUUUGAGGAGCUGGACAUGGAGGGCGAGGGGCCCCUGGGGGAACCCCGACUGAACCCUGAAGCCAAGCUUCUGGCGGCUCCUCGGGAGCUCAGCACCCCGGAGAGGGGUGAGGAGUAAUGAUAAGCCCUCAACCCUCCGGUGGUGCAUUUGCUAAGGAACUGAGCAAACUCUCCAGCCCUCUUUUUCCUUAACCUGCCUAGCUUGGGCUGGGAGCGCAGGAGCCUGAGUCCUCCUGCUCCAAGCCUAAACCUCCUUCCUCACUGCCCUUUUGGCUCCCAGGGCCAAAGGAGCCAGAGACUGUUAUCUGCACCAGCCUCCUGGGCUGCCGACCUUGCAGACUCUUAUUGGAGCUUCCAGAACCCAGAAUAAAGUGAAUUACUUUCUUGUUUCACCUGGA